AAUUCAUUAUCACAAAUCUUCGGUCGACGCCCAUAAGACCACACCUGUCUUUGCAAAGUUAGGAGUGCAUAAAACAUCGGCACAUUCUUACCUUCGGAAAUAAGUGUCAUAUCAGCGAUCUAUAUUAUAUUAUUCUUAAUAAUUUGGGGUCAAUUUUUCCGAGGGGGGGUACAGUAUUUAGUAGGUAAAUAGUCACUCCGGGAUAAAGUUGUGCAAUCAGUCUUUUUAUGCGAUUUAUCAUCACCAGCCACAUGAAUCUGCUGCACAUAGUGCGGCGACAGUUUUUAGCAGGGACUACUCUUUCCAAGUACAGAAUCAUGGCUAAUUUCAACCAUAUACAAGCUGUAAAUGACGUGUUAACACAGCCAGUGCAAUUUUCUCCAGAUUUUUUAUUCCGCCAGUUAUUUGAUCUAGUCUCCAGUACUUAUACUUAUCUACUGGCUGACAUUGUGAAAAAAGAAGCAGUAUUGAUAGACCCAGUUUUGGAGCAUGCUGAACGUGAUGCAAAGAUGUUGAAUGAACUUGGACUUGGUCUCAAAUAUGGAUUGAACACCCAUAUGCACGCAGACCACAUCACAGGUACUGGAAAACUGAAAUCAUUGAUACCUAACUGCCGAUCAAUGAUAUCUCGCAGCAGUGGUGCUGCGGCAGAUAUUCUACUAGAGCCUGGAGACAAUAUAGAAUUUGGCAGGCAUCAGCUAGAAGUAUUAGCAACUCCUGGGCACACAGAAGGUUGCGUCACUUUUGUCUGCCAUGAACAAGGGAUUGCGUUCACAGGUGAUACACUCUUGAUACGAGGAUGUGGGCGCACAGAUUUCCAGGGUGGUUCUUCAACAAAGCUUUACAACUCUGUUCAUUCCGUGAUAUUUAAUUUUCCGUUAAACUACAGAUUAUAUCCAGCUCACGACUACACUGGGAGAACGGUGACUACGGUAGCUGAAGAAAAGGCGUAUAAUCCGAGGCUAUCUAAAUCACUUGAAGAAUUUUCCCAGAUUAUGAACAACCUGAAUCUGGCUUAUCCCAAAAUGAUAGAUAAAGCUGUCCCUGCCAACAAGGUCUGUGGAUUAUUCGAACUCGAAAAGAACAAAUAGUGACCAAAACUCCAACAUUUCUGUUUGGAUUCCAAACUGAUCAAUUGUAAAUACCUAAUACCGCAUUGAAUAUGAUUUUGAUUCAAGGAGAGAAAAGUAAAAUCAUUGUAAAAAAUUAACCAUUUAAUAUGCAGACAUGGCCAAAUGCAUAAUGUUGUUAUACUACAUGAAAUAUUUCUAUUUUGAAUAAACUUAUGCACGUUCGCGAUGUA